AUGGCCUGUGGCCAAGCAGCCACCGGGGGUCAUUCCUGCCCAGAGCACCAGCAGUCUUUCCAGAGCUCCUGCUAUGAAUUUGUGGGUCUUCAGCGUAGUUUUCUCAGCGCUCAAGCUUGGUGCGAGUGGGGCGGCGGGCAUCUGGCCUUCAUUCGGAAUGAUGAGACCCAGCAGUUUCUGCAGAAACACAUGCAACCAGAGCAGAACUGGUGGAUAGGACUUGCACCCUCCUUUGACAACAUCACUUUGGAUACGAAGGGUGGCAUAAACUGGCUGGAUGGUUCUGAUGUGAUUUACUCAAACUGGAUCAGUAAGCCAGUCCUGGAAACUGGUUGUGGUUACAUCAGCACAGAUUCUAAUUCUCACUGGAAGAUGACAAGUGACUGUGACAAGGAAUUCUACUUCAUGUGUGAGUUUGAAUUGGGACGUUCCCUGUCGUGUGUGAAUCACAGCACCUUCCUGAAGUGUGACUCUGAUCAGGUGAUAGAGAUUCAGAGAAGUUUCUUUGGCAGGAGGACACCACACUACUGCAGGAACGACAUCUCCACCUCUCUCACAUCAUCACAGGACCAGUGCAGCUGGGACAGUGUGCUGGAUCUAGUUUCAGAGCGCUGCAAUGGACAACAGGUUUGCCUGGCUAUGACCGAUGCAUCCUCUUUUGGAGAACCGUGUCCCACGCUGGGAAGUUACUUAGUGGUGGAAUACAACUGCAAAUACAAAGCCUCCAGUAUCAUUGACAGAAGAUCUGCAGAUGAUAGUGGAAAAGGCGCUUUUGACGACAGGAGAAAUGCAGAAACGGAUUCUGGUGAAUUAAAAAUUAAGCGUUGUUCCAAUACAAUGGUGACUUCAACAGGGACUUCGAUUGUAUCAGGUGUUACAAUCACAUGUCUAAAUUGUGAUACAGCGUCUGUUGCUGAGAAAGUCAAAUUGUCGAUAGGCAACAAAGACUGUAAAAAAGUUUACUGGUAUUUGGAAGACAAAUUAGACUCAGAUGCUCUGAACGGCUGCCUCGGGACAGGCUUAAAGACAAUGAAUCUAUUUAAAAAAGAUAAAAACACUGUGGACAUAAAAACUAGCAAGCUCAGAGUUGUUCAGGGGGACUACUUGGUGGAGGUCGUCUGCAAAGAACAGGAUGGAACAUUAGUAUUUGGGUCAACCACCAUUCUAGCGUACCUGCUAAAUCGCCCGAGCAACCCUUUACUGUCCAUUAUCUCGGACCUGUUGAUUGAAAUGAAAGACACAGAUCAAGUAACAGAGCUGCGAGAACAACUUCUUUCAAACAUUUGUGUUGCUUUAACCAAUAGCAGCUUAAUUGAGCAAGACCGAGACGUGCUGAUGGUCGCUAAUGCUAUGAAGAAUCUUGUUGAGCUGGAAACGGAAGUGAACUCCGGUGCUCAGGUUGAGGGUGGUUGCAUAGUAGAAAGUAUCUCUUAUUCCCUUGCUUCCAUCGAUCUGAGCACGGCUAACAUGAGCGAGUUAGGAGACGCAGCCCAACUCAUCGUAGAGUCCGCCAGCCACAUUCUCCAGGCCUUUGAUUCAAAAAAAGAAAAGAACAUCGCCAGUUAUUUCGUCAAUGGUCUAGAUGCUGUGCAGAGUUUCAUGUUAGCAAAUAAAACACCAGACAUGGAGCCGGCGAUCAUCACCGCCCCUCAUAUUAGUAUUUAUGCCAACAGAUUAUCUCCACAGCACAUCAAACAGGCUUUUACCAUCCCGGAUGUCAACGUAACUUCAGCCACUUUCUCACUACCAAAUCUGAGCAGUAAUGCUCUCGCGAACAUAAUACAGCCAGUGGAUGUGAGAAUGACAAAUUUUCUUAUCGACCCAUGGCGUGAUGGUCUGACCCUUAAUAGUCAUGUGAGUGGUUUUUCCCUGACUACACCGGACGGCCAAUCUCUUCCAGUGGAAGAUCUUCCUCUGGAGAUUGAGAUUUUGAUACCACGACCACAAGCGGACUUGAACAGCACCGUUCUGGACCUGAGCAGCUACAGCACCAUGGCCAUCAACAUAACAUCUCAAAACACUACUCUGGUUUUAAAGUUAGAACCCUCGGAAGAAUUGCCGCUGGUCUUACUGCUGGGCUACCAGGACUAUCCUUCUGAUAGUAACUAUGUAGCCAAAGUGACAUUUCCUCUAGAAGCGAAUUCGCUAGUGGAAAGGUACACAUGGAUAUUGAAGCCCAGUGAGUUGGCUGGAGACGAGGGGCUUUACUAUCUUCUAGUACGGCCUAUCGUUGGUCCGGGUGUGAAAUCUGUGAAUGCCUCCCUGACGAUAACAUCCAUUACCGCCCAGUGCAUUUUCUGGAAGCAGCAUAAGUCUGAAUGGAAUGACUCCAACUGUAGGGUUGGCCCCAACACAACCGCAUCUGUUACUCAGUGCCUGUGUAACCAUCUGACCUUUUUUGGGAGCAGUUUCUUUGUGAUGCCAAAUACGGUAGAUCCGUCGAAGUCCGCUGAGCUGUUUUCCAACUUUGCACAGAACCCAGUGGUAGUGUGCUUCAUAGGGGCAAUCUUUUUGGCUUACAUCCUGGCCGCGAUAUGGGCCCGCAGGAAGGACCUACAGGACAAAGUCAAGGUCAAAGUUACUGUGCUGGAAGACAACGAUCCUUUUGCGGAAUACCGUUACUUGUUGAAGAUCAGCACUGGACAUCGCAUUGGAGCUUCUCCUUCAUCACGGGUUGUAGUGAUGAUACAAGGUACAGAGGGAGUGUGUGAGCCUCAUCACCUGACCGACCCCGAGAAGACCGUGUUUGAAAGAGGAGCAGUGGAUUUGUUUCUACUGACCACACCGUACUCGCUGGGAGAACUGCAGAGCAUCAGCCUGUGGCAUGACAACUCGGGAGAUCAUCCUGCUUGGUAUGUUAACUCAGUGAUGGUUCAGGACAUGGAGACUGGGGAGAAACGGCACUUCCUGUGCAGUGCAUGGCUGGCGGCCGAUAUAGACGAGUGUACUAUUGAAAGAACAUUUCCUGUAGCAACAGAUGCGGACCUGAAGGGCUUUACCAAUUUAUUCUUCAUGAAGACAACAACAGAUUUCUGUGACGGUCACAUCUGGUACUCGGUGGUCAGUCGGCCCCCCAGCAGUAAUUUUACUCGAGUGCAACGCGUCUCCUGCUGUUUCUCCGUGCUGCUUUGCACCAUGUUGACCAGUAUCAUGUUCUAUGGGAUUCCCACAGACCCUUCAGAUCAGAGCAUGGACAUGGGUCAAAUUGAGCUUACCUGGAGUCAGGUGAUGAUUGGCAUCCAGAGUUCCAUCAUCGUGUUUCCCGUCAACUUGCUGAUCGUGGGCAUAUUCAGGCAAUCGCGCCCUCGGGAAAAGAAAACAAAACAAAAGGAGAAAAAGAAGUCCAAGUCUCAAAAAGCUGAAAAAGAAAAAGCAUUCUCCUCAGAUUUAGACAAAAACAAUAUCACAGCAGAGUUCCUCAUCAAAGACAUCCAGAGAAUCAUUUACCUGUUUGCAAAUGCCAUGAGAUGCUCUGUGCCAAAAUUAGAGAAAAACCUGGAAAAAGCAGACAUUAACAUGUUGCUGUCAGAGCUGCAUGAACUCAUCGAACAACAGCACUCGACACACGCAAACGACCCCUCAUCUGUAUACUGGAUUUACACCCAUCAUCUCCUCAAACAGCUUCAGAACAUGGAGGGUGAAGUGAGGCUCCUGGGUCCUUCUGGCUUUUCAAGGCCAGGCUCGUACAGCCAGGUUUUACUGCAGGUCCAGAACAUUAAGAGAGUGUUGGAAGGUCACAUUUACGCCGGAUCGUUUGAUCAGCAUUCCCACAUCUCAAGUACAACCAAAGACAAAAAGAAGUCCUGCUGGAAUGGUUUCCCCUGGUGGUUCGUGUACGUGGGUUGGCUUCUCGUGGCAGGCACCAGUGUGGUGUCUGGAUACUUCACCAUGUUGUACGGGUUGAAAUAUGGGAAGGAUCGUUCAAUAAACUGGAUCAUCUCCAUUGCGAUGUCCUUCACCGAGAGCCUCUUCUUUACCCAGCCUGUAAAAGUCAUUUGUUUUGCGAUAUUCUUCGCGUUGGUGGUGAAAAACAUUAAUUCGGACGAUGACCUUGUCGACUCCUUACUUAAGAAAAAAGCCACUCACUCAGAGGGUCCUGAUGGAUUGCGACUUGCUAAAAGGGACUGCAUGCGAAGCUACUAUAAGCCACCACCCCUGUCUGACAUCGAAAAGAUUAAAAGAAACCUGGCUAAACAGCGGAAAGCAAGAGGACUCAUUGUGGAGAUUCUAGUGUUUUUAGGGUUCCUGUGGAUGCUGCUUGUGGUGGCAUACGGCCAGCGAGAUUCAAAUGCCUAUUAUCUAACUCAGCACAUCCGGCAAAGCUUUGAACAAGAUGUUUCAGAAAGUAUGAACUACAAUGAUGUGUUUAACUGGGCAAACCAUAUCAUUCUCAAAAACCUGUUUGGAGAGUAUCCAGGCUUCAUAACCGAUGGAAACUCAAAAUGUGUGGGAAGCGCACGUCUCCGUCAGGUUAGGGUGAAAAGGGACUCCUGUAAGAUUGCUAAACCUAUGCGUGACUCUGUUCCUGACUGUAACGCCCCAUACUCUUGGGAUGAUGAGGACAUGGGUUCCUACGAUCCGGACUGGCAAGAGCCUAACUCUGCAAAUGGCUCUGUAGACACAGUCUGGAGCUACCAGAGCCAGUCAGAGCUCAGAGGAUAUCCCGUCUGGGGUGAUAUAGCGCUGUAUAGGGGAGGCGGAUAUGUAGUGGACCUUGGUGCUGAUAAGGAAAAUGCUAGUAGAAAGCUACAGUAUCUAUUUGACUCCACCUGGCUGGAUAUGUUCACUAGAGCAAUUUUUGUGGAGUUUACGGUCUACAAUGCCAACGUCAACCUCUUCUGCCUCGUCACACUAAUGCUGGAGAGAACUGCAGUGGGAGCGUUUCAGUAUCGUAGCGUCAUCCAGAGCGUGCGUGUCUAUCAGUCCACGGGUGGCUUUCAGUCUUUUCUCAUUGCCUCUCAAGUCUUUUAUUUCCUCUUCGUCUGCUACUAUAUGUUUGUGCAGGGCAAGCUAAUGAAGAAGCAGAAAUGGGCGUAUUUCAAAAACAAGUGGAACCUUUUAGAUCUGUUCAUCAUCAUCUUGAGCUGGACUACUUUGUCUGCCAUCAUCAAGAGGACAGUGCUGGGAGACAGAGACAUCACAUAUUACCAGAAUAACAAAGAUCAGUUCCCCAGUUUCCAAGACACAGCCCUAGCGGAUGCUACACUGGGAUACCUCUUGGCUUUCCUAGUGUUGCUGGCCAGUGUGAAACUGUGGCAUCUGUUGAGACUGAAUCCUAAACUGCACCUCAUCACCGCCUCACUUCAGCGGGCAUGGAAAGAUAUCUCCAGCUUCAUCACGGUCAUCGGCAUUGUGUUCGUGGCUUACUCUCUUGCUUGCAAUUUAAUUUUUGGCUGGAAGCUGUACUCGUAUAGAUCUUUCCUAGAUGCUUUCAAGACCAUCUUCAAUUUGCAGUUUGGCUUGUUUAAUUAUGAUGAGGUGCUGGAUUCUAAUCCUGUGCUCGGCGCCCUCAUCAUUACCUCAUGCGUCAUCUUCCUCACAUUCGUCAUAUUGACCCUCUUCGUCUCCGUCAUUCUUGAGGCAUUCAGUGAAGAGCAGGAGAAUCACCAGCCUUCUGAGGAACAGGAGUAUGUCGACCUGAUAAUAACGAAGUUCCUUGGUCUCUUUGGGAUCAAAUGCAAGAAGAAAAAAGCAGACGACACAGAAUGUCUUCUUACAGAUGACACUCAUUAGCCCUGAUCAUUACAAGACUUCUGUGACAUUCAUUUUGGAAAACACCACAUAUUAACUUAAUUCCUC